UUUACACUCCUUGCCUGUACUGUAGAAGCUCUUAUUUCUUCAUGCAAAUUAUAGCUAGUGAAUUAAAUAAAAAAUAUUUUAGUAUCUUGAAUCUUUGUGUAAACCACUACGUAUUUUUACUUGUCAGUGAUUUCAUUAGUUACUCUCGUCAAUAAAUUCUGUCGCUAUGUUUUAAUUCAAAAUGGCUUGUAUUAAUAGUAUGAUGUAUAUGAUAGAUAUGAGUUCUUUCUGAAUUUAGCCACUCAUGACAAUUUAAUUCAUUAUAUGUUAUGUUAUCGACAAUUUAAAUCUCAAAAAUGAUGAUGCCUAAUACCUCUGAUAAUAAUUGGGACCCUUCCUUGAGUAGACUGUUGACAUCAUUAAAGGAAGUACAAUCAGAUGGUGAAGAUGUAGCAUUCCUUAGUGAAUUGUUGCAAUCAAAACAACUGCACGCUCUUGUCCAAGUCCAUAACAAAAUAGUAGCCAAAGGAAAGGAUGACAAAUUUUAUCCAUUGUUAUCAAAUGCAAUGCAAGUUACGUUAGAAGUUUUAGAAAUGUUUGGUGAAUUGAAAACUGUCUCUAAAGAAUUUCAAGAGCUCCUGAGUUUACUUCAAAAACCACAUUUUCAGGCCAUUUUAUGCACACAUGAUGCAGUAGCUCAAAAGGAUUAUUACCCACAUUUACCAGACAUUCCUCCAGAUGGUGAUGAGGAUGAAGAAACUGUCAAAAUUGUACAAUUAGUUAAAAGUGAUGAACCCUUGGGUGGAGCACUGAGUGCAGAACCAAUUGUGGGUGCUACUAUUAAAACGGACGAGGAGACUGGUAAAAUAGUAAUUGCUCGCGUCAUGCACGGCGGGGCGGCUGAUCGAUCCGGCCUCAUUCAUGCUGGCGAUGAGGUCAUUGAAGUGAACGGUAUAAGUGUCGAAAAUAAAACGCCCGCUGAUGUACUCGAUAUUUUACAAAAUUCUGAGGGAACAAUAACAUUCAAACUAGUGCCUUCUUUUGGCAAAGGUGGGUCCCGAGAGUCUAAAGUGAGAGUGCGAGCUCUUUUUAAUUAUAACUCGGAUGAAGAUCCAUACAUUCCUUGUAAGGAGGCGGGUCUUAAUUUCAAAAAAGGCGAUAUCUUGCAUAUUGUGUCUCAAGAUGAUGCAUACUGGUGGCAGGCUCGGCGAGAAGGCGAUAAAGUUAUGAGAGCCGGUUUGAUACCGUCUCGGGCCUUGCAGGAAGGUCGGAUUAUACAUGAGCGGCAGAGUGAUCCUCAAACUAUUGACGGCAAACCAGCUCUAUGUUCACCGACAAAUGGCAACACUGACUGUAGCCCAAAAACACCGUGUUCGCCGACUCCAAACGCGACUGCGCUUCUUCCUUGCAAAUCUACGCCUAAAGUGAAGAAAAUCAUCUACGAUAUAAAGGAGAAUGAUGAUUUUGACCGGGAGAUGAUACCAACAUAUGAAGAAGUGGCAAGAUUGUAUCCAAGGCCGGGUUUUGUUCGACCAAUAGUGUUGGUUGGAGCACCGGGUGUUGGUAGAAAUGAAAUGAGGCGACGACUCAUCGCUACCGAUCCGGAAAAAUAUGUCACGCCGAUUCCAUAUACAUCGAGACCAUUGAAGCCCAGCGAGCAAAAUGGGAAGGAAUACGUUUUCGUUACCCGCGAGAAGAUGGAACAAGAUAUUACCGAUGGAAAGUUUAUCGAACACGGCGAGUACAAAGGGAAUUUGUAUGGGACGUCGGCGGAGAGCGUUGAGACAAUAGUUAAUUCUGGUCGUGUAUGCGUCUUAAGUCCGCAUUGGCAAGCGUUGAAGAUGCUUCGCACGACCCGCUUGCGUCCCUACAUUGUGUUCGUAAAGCCGCCGUCAUUUGAACGCCUGGUUGAAACCAGAACGAAUGCCAACGCUCGCUCUACCUUUGAUAAAGAAAGUUCAAGGGCUUUUACAGAAGAAGAGUUUCACGAUAUUAUACGCUCAUCGACGCGUAUCAACUUCCUCUACGGCUACAUGUUUGAUGAGGAGAUUGUGAAUGAAGAUCUGGCAAGUGCAUUAUCGCAGCUCCUAAAAACCUCAUGGAGGGUUCAAUCUGAGCCUCUUUGGGUUCCUGCUUCUUGGGUACAGUAAGGAAAUAAUAUCCUAUCCGAAUGCCGAAACAUACUAAAUUAACUUUCGCCUUGGGAACCGUUGAAAGUUUGAAAAACGUACAUUUUCAUGUCACAUUUUGUUAGAUUCCAUUUCUUAUAUGAGAUUUAAUUUAUUUAAAUUAUGACGAAGAUUGCCCGUUAGUAUGGACUUUCAGCUGUUAUUCUAUUAUUCAUAAUAUAUUUGUAUACCAGAAAUGACACCUGAAAAUUAAUUAAUUGAUAUAUUGGCUAAAUUCUCAGUACUCUUGCAAGAAGUAAAUCCAGGAGAUUUUCGUUGAAAGAGCAGUAGUAAAAUUUAAAAUGUAAUUCGAUUUUAAGGAAUUUUCACAAUUCGUAUGUUGCAUUGAAAUGUCAAUGGACAAAAAGGCAUUUAUAGCACGUAGUAUUAAUUCCAAUAAAUAAUUUAUAAUAGACAAUAUCACAAUAUAAAAUAAUUACUCUAUUAGUUGGUAAGUUGAUUCUUAUAAACAUAUAGCUGCACUAGUCGCAUCUUCCUAUUAUAAAUGCUCAAAUAUAAUCAAGCGUUGAAAUUUGGCAGCCGUGCGUUGGGUCAAUGUGAUUCACAAGUGUUUAUUGGAACCGUAAUAUAAUAAUAUAUGGCCAUACAAUUGAUAUUCCAAAGAAAUUGAUCUCAUUCUAGUCAAUAAAAUUAAGUUUUUAUUAGUAACCAUAAAAUUUUCAUGUGCCUGUUGUUAAACGCUUAGAAAGAUAUCGCUACAUAAUUAUUGUUGUGUAUUUUUGUGUUGUGCUAAUUUUAGUAUUGUUGUCGUUAGAUAACAUAGGAUAAAUUUCAGUUUAAGUAAUGUGAAAAGCAAAGUUGCAAUACUGAAUAUAGCAAGCGUAGGUAGAUCUUAUGAUUUAUUCUAAAUUUUAAAGUAUUAGUCGUUAAAGUGUCCUAGAGCAGACUUAUAUCGAUCAUUUUGACGUUAGUGGUCCCUAUUGACAGUAGAAGUUAAUAAAAAUAAAUUUAUAAAUAUAUAAUUCUUUCAUAGAAUAGUAUAUUCAAACAUAGGUGGCUCAUUUAAAAAUAAAAAUAUGUCUCUGGCAUUAUACAAUAUACAUUCCAAUUCAUAAUAAAUGUGAAUUGUAUUCAAUAACUUAAAAUUUGCCUGGCUAUCUAUGAAAAAUAUAUUUACUUAAUGUUUCGUGAUUACGCUCGUAUUGUGCUUAAAAAUCGUGUAUUCAAUCCUUUGUCUAUAGUAUUGGUUAUUGUUAUUGUGUACAUUUUUUAGCAAAAGCAUUUUUACAUUAGAUGUCUGCAUUUGUUCUAUAUCUAUUUAAAAUAUCCAGUGUUCCAUAGAUACGUGAUUGUGAUGAAUCUCCUGCAAUUUAGAUAUACAUGAAAAAUAGUUUUUAUUAACACGUUUUUAAUACGUCUAUAAUAUUAUAUUAGUGUAGGUUAAUAUAGAAGACAAUAUGAAUAGGCAGUUAUAAAGUUCCAGCAAUUGUUUGUAACCCAGAGUUGCCUUUAGAUUUAUUAGUAUUAGGAAAUUGUAUUAUAUUGGCAAUAAAUUACACCAAUUAUGUCAUAUAAGAAUUGUUGCGGGGGGUAUUAAAAAUAAUUUAUUUCUUGCAGUAAAUUAAUACUAAAUAUAAUAAGACUUGUAUCUCAGAGAGAAAUUUGAAUGCAAUAAUAUUGAUAUAAUUUGUUCAGUUAUUAGUUUUCUAAAGGAAAAAUUUGUCAUCUAUAUAGCAUUGAUUGUAGUUGUUGGGCGAAGCUAUCUAUUCACGAUCCUAUGUAAUUUGAAUUUGCUAUAUUAUAUGGUAAAGAUUUUGCCAUUUUCACCCAUAAAAUUAAAAAUAUAUAUGUUAUCUUAAAAUGAAAAUGGGGGUCUAAUCAAAAUAAUUAAAUCCUGGUUGAAACUGUACAAUUAUUAAGGCAUACAAAGAGGAUGGAGUUAGGUUAAAUUUGAAAUAGAAUGAGUAGGCGUUUUAGUAAAAUAAUUGCGACGGCUACAAAAUAAUUAGUAAUUAAAUUCAUAAUUCGUUAGUUGCAUGAUAUAGGCAUGUCUAAGAUUUUUUUUGGAAUUAUAUUUAUAUAUUACAUUGUUUAACUAUAGCAAGUUAAUAACUUUGCACCAUUUGGGAGAUUUCAGACUUUUAACCAACGCUGCAUUUCACCUAAUCUCGCUUAGAAAUAUAAUAUUAUAUAAUAUAUUAUAGAGCAAACUUAUCGUGAAUUACCUGUUUAAGUUAUCAUGUCACUAUCAUCUGUCUUUGUCGCACUGAACAGUUUCAUUAAAGUCCUAAGUUCCCAUAAUUGAGGUGUUUGUGGUUGUAAUUCGUGGCCUUCCAUUUCUGCACAUGUUUUGAAGUUUACUUCCAUUGAUUAUGGUCUAGUUUUUCUUUUGGAAAGCAUAAUCGGAGGCCAUUGGUGAGAUGCUUGCAAAAAUGCCUUCUAAGUUCAUUAGCGAUAUUAACUAGGGGAAUUUUUUGUCAGUCCUUCAAACAUUCUUGCGAAGGGAGGGCGACAUGAUGGCUUACUCGUCGAAAAAAGAUCAUUUGCUCUCUCUUUGGAGUCUUACUACACGCUCGAUCACUCAAUGGCCUUACCAUCUACUUUUCCGUAUUGGAUUCGAACACCAGUGUGCAAAAGGUCUUAUUCGCCAUUCACCCCAUUUAAAAAAAAAAGUCGAACGCUAGACACUUAUCGCAACCACUUUUGUAUUUUCUAAGCAAUCAAUUAUAUCAUCAAUAGCCAGCUUUUGCUGUAGCUGAACAUGUCUUUCAAUAUUUUUUGGUACGAGUUUAUUGUAUAAAUAACAUAAAGUAAGUGGGAGAACUAGUCCAGGUUCGAACGGGGAAGUACCACCUCCACAUCUGCAUUGUACAGUUAUAGGUAAAAGACAAAACCUCUUUGCAUCUUACGUGACACUCAGCCAAAUGGAUUUGGGCUGUAUGUAAACAAAUCCGUUUGGUGUUAGUGGGUCAUUCUCAAAGUGACUUUGUCUCAUAUCUCAGGUGUGGGAGCCGCAAAACAUAUGGACAUUUGAGGUGACCAUCUCAGCCCUCAAAUCAUCUAUAACCAACAAAGACACAAAGCGACCUAUUGACCAGUUUUAGGUGGAAAUUAAGCAUAUUACAUUUAGUGCAAAUAAAUUCGAAAACCCUGUAUUGUGACCCAUAUUAUACUUUGAUCAUCCUAAUUUAAUAUCUUACAAACAAACGUUAUGUUUGUAAUGGUGAAUCUAGAAAUUUGAUGUCGGUAAAACCUCGUGUUACUUAAGAAAGACUAUAAUAGUCUACAUAGUCUUUGUUGGUUAUCGAUAGCACUACACAAUAAUGUAAACAUCGUUCUCGGUUCUGUUUUCAAAGGAUUUGGCAAUUGCAUAGCAGGACUUAAUUUUAAUAGUUGCUUUAUGCCUUCGGUGUAUUAUAGGAUAUCAACUCCAAGCUAAUCUUAUAAUAUAUUGCGAUUGAUUUUAAAGCAACAAUUUUUCUACUACCGAUGUGUUCAUUAUACUCUUAAAUUUUGCUUAUCAUUAUUUGCCGUUUACUUGGCUGUAUGGUUUUGGAAAAGAGCUUUAGAGGAUAUAACGUGUGACGUUAAAUUCUCAAAGUGGAGUUGACACCUGUCACGGGUUUUUGUAAAUAUUGUGCUGCAACUGGGUGUACGGCGCCGGUUGUUAAGAGCUCUUAAUUGCGACGGGCUCGUUAGUACAACGUUCGAGCCUUGUACAAACGAACUCGGGUGUCGAGCCUGGGUCUAAACGUUUUGAGCUUGGUACGACGAACGCAUAACUUAGACUUGUUGCAGUUCCGAUGUUACCGUGUAAAUACAGAGUCGGCACUACAGUUUAAAGUCUAAGUUUUUAAUUUUUAUUUACUACAUUGCGGACACACCGUGCCUUUGCUACAAAGACGUUGAAUCUCAUUUCGAUUGAGAACUUGUUACGUAUAUUGUGUAAGCAACAAAUAAACACGCAAUUUGUGUGUUAGUUUAGGCUUCAUAUCUUCUUAGUAGGUGAUCUUAAAAUGUAUUUAUAUGUAUAUAACCUGUAUAAAUGUAAAUAUUUUGUAGUCGUCGUUAAAAGUUACCUAGGAUAAAUUGUGGACGUUAUAUUACCGAAGACAAUUUAAAUUACCGGACAGACAAACAAUGCUUAUACACCACAACAUCUUGGAGUGUACGAAAAACAUCUUUAAAAAAAAAGUGAAGAGUCCAUACUCGUUGGCCUUAUUGUGCCGUGAAAGUAAUGCCAAUGAUUAUGAACUCAUCAUAAGAGACAAUUUUUUCCCCGUAAAUCGUUAGGGGACAUAGUAACCUUUAAUUUUUGUUUUUCUAUAACUAUGCAUAAUUCAUUUGACUAUAAUCAUGUUUUCUACCUAUUCUCCAAUAAAUCAAUAGGGCCUUUUUAAUCUCUAGAACUAGUUUUCUUAUUCGCAUAGCGUUUCACUUCUGUUAGUCACACUUCCUACUCACUUCAUUUAUUAUUUCGUCCCCUGCGUCGGGAAUUUAUUAAAUGGAGAUACUAACACGCAGAUCAAUAGGUUAGUGGUUGAACUAUUGUUCUGAGUGUACUUAUAAAGUUAGUUACAAUAUUUAGUUUCUCACGUUGUAACUAAUUUUGUAAUAUAGCCUGAUCUUGACUUAACAAUGCUCGGAUACCUAAAAUUUAUGAUUUGUAACGUUUGCUUAUAAUUAUUAUACUUUUUUUUAGUAUAUUCGACAGAUUAUUAAUAUUGUAUCGCGUUAUGAAACCCAUAUUAAGUGUCGUAAAUUAAACUGUUUUUUGUUAUAAUGAAAAUUGCAUUCACGUUUUUGACUAUUUUUAAAUGCUGUAAUGUUAUUCACUGUUGGGCCUAAAACACUUUUAAUUACCGUUUUUGCUUUGAUUCAGUAUAUAUUUAAUUGAUGGCGCAUUUUAUAUUUAUCUAUUAAUAUUGUUCUUGAAAAAUAUUUAGUUUUUUAGGAAGCGCUUAAGCAAUGGGGGGGGGGGGGGGGAAUUAUAAUUUAUUGCUAUUUAUCUAGUCUUAUUGUGAUAACAUAUUCUGUUUUAUAUAAUUGUAGGUAUCGGAUUUUAAAUUUCUUCUUUUUUGGUAUUUGUAACACUUAAUUCUAAAUGUCUGACGUAGGCUUCGUUCGAGCUCUGAACUUACGCGAACUAAAUAUCUAAUAAAAACAAGAACUGAAAGAACUUAACCAUAAGCUCAGCGCCCCGAACAAAAUGCUAUGUGUAAAUGUGUACUCGACUUAAAAUAAAAAUAAUAAUAA